AUUAUUCCGCGUUGGCCUGGACGUGGCACCGAGAGGAGCUGCGCCCUCAGUCCGCUCGCCGCGCCUGUUCAUCCGGCAUCACUCCGGCUCCCACCCCGCAGCUACUCCCGGGCUGACCGCCUCUCUCUUCCCGCCUGGUGUUGACCCUCUGCCGGCCGUGAAGAUGGGUCUGACCAUAUCGAGCAUAUUCUCCAGGCUGUUCGGGAAGAAGCAGAUGAGAAUCCUGAUGGUUGGUCUGGACGCGGCUGGAAAAACAACAAUUCUGUACAAGCUGAAGCUGGGAGAAGUGGUCACCACCAUCCCCACCAUCGGUUUUAACGUGGAGACGGUCGAGUACAAAAACAUCUGCUUCACAGUUUGGGAUGUCGGCGGCCAGGACAAGAUCCGGCCUCUGUGGAGACACUACUUCCAGAACACUCAGGGUCUGAUCUUCGUGGUGGACAGUAAUGACAGAGAGAGAGUUGCUGAGUCGGCAGAAGAGCUUCUCAAGAUGAUCCAAGAGGACGAGUUGAAGGACGCGGUUCUUCUGGUGAUGGCCAACAAGCAGGAUCUUCCGAACAGCAUGAGCGUCACCGAUCUGACCGAAAAGCUGGGUCUGCCCAGCCUGCGCAACAGAACUUGGUACGUUCAGGCCACCUGUGCCACUCAGGGCACGGGAAUGUACGAGGGUCUGGACUGGCUGUCCAACGAGCUGGCCAAGCAGUAGACGGCCCGCUGCGCCGGAUCCACGCCGGCCCGGAGUUCACGGACUGUUUCAGUUGUUUCUUUUUUAAAUUAUAAACUUGUCGUUAGGAGGAAGUGAUGUCAUGGACUCUGAACUCACCUUCAUUUCCCAUCAUCCUCUUCUUUUUGUCAGAUGGCUUUUUUUUCUCCCUUCUUUUAAACAGCAUGUUUUAUCCAAUCAAGGAGGAGGGGCGGGGCUUACAGCGGCGGCCGUCGCCUGGGGAGAGGGUUUACCUGCAGGCGCUAGCUUGGGAAAAGGGGGCGGGGUUUCUAGCAGGUGAGGGUUAGCUGUGGAGAGGGGGCGGGGCUUACCGGUUUGUGUGAUGACUCAUUCCGACAGAGCCGAGCCCGAAGGCGUCGUCAUUCCUUCGUAAUGUGAAGAAGAAUCGGAGCGACUGCGAUGAUGCAAUAAAGACUUUUUUUUGUCUUCUCAA